UUUAAGGAAAUCAUGUACUUCAAUCAGUAUCAUAAUCCACAUGCACUUUAGUGGUAGACCAGGCUGCCAUGAAAAAUAUUCAAGAACUUUAAGGAACAAGUGUUCUGAAGCUAUCCUCAGUAAUGAAGCAGGUGUGAAAGAUAACUUCCCUUUGCCAGGUAAAAUGAUGACUACAAAAUCAGCAGUUCCCAUGUUAGUGUGCUUUCUUCAACUCUGCGUUGUAAAUGGGCAGGUAAUAUGUGAGAGGCAAAUGACAGCUGAAUGGAGAGUGGAACCAAAACCUACUGUAAUCAAAUGGACACCAAGGGCAAAUGUCUGCUCAGACUUUUACACCGAAUGCUGGAAUAUGAAUAAAAGUAUUACUGGGGAAAUCUUGGGAGGACAAAACCUCAGAAUCCCUCAGAUAUGCCCCUUACAGCUUCAAUUAGGUGAUAGCCUCUUCAUCGCUUCUGAGCCAUCCUUUCAGUCCUAUGGAAUGAAUUUGGUAAACGUCUCCAAGGAAGAAUUUAUUGACUGCCCUAAAGCUGCUUUUCUUCAAGAACAGUUGAUUUUUGUUUGCCAGAUAAGAGGACUGCACCAAGUUGACCCUAACUGGCUUGGUGUUGGAACUCAUUACUUUGCAGAACUUCAUAAGAGAGGCCCCCUAUUGUGCAAUAUGGGCCUUCGUCUGAACGUAACUGUGAAGCAGCAGUUUUGCCAACAGUCUCCAAAUGCACCAUUCUGUUCUGGGCAUGGAAAAUGUCUAAGCCAUGUUUGGGAAAAAGUGUAUAACUGUCAUUGUUUCUCACACUAUUCUGGAACAUUCUGCCAGAAGUUUGAUAUAUGCUCCACCAAACCUUGCCACAACAACGCCUCCUGCACUGAGAAAUCAGAAUUUUCUGGAGAUUCUUACGAGUGCACAUGUUCUCCAAAAUUUUCAGGUAAAAAUUGUACCGAAAUAGUUGGACAGUGCCAGCCAUCUACGUGUUUCAAUGGCAACUGCGUCAAUGUUACUCCAAAUACUUUUCUUUGUAACUGUGACAAGGGCUUUACAGGUUCAUUUUGUGAGAAACCUAGUGAUCUUUGUGAAUCUCAGCCAUGCCUAAAUGAAGGCAUAUGCCAGUAUAAUCGGUCUGGAUAUGUUUGUGUUUGCCCUUCUGGAUUUCUUGGCCACAACUGUGAAAUUGAUAUCAAUGAAUGCUCUUCAAGGCCAUGUCAGAACGGAGGCACAUGUAUUGAUUUGCCAAAUGAUGUGGCAUGUAUCUGUCUGCCAAUAUUUACUGGCAAGUUCUGUGAGAGAAUACUGAACCCGUGUGAAUUAUUGCCUUGUUUAAAUAAUGCAACUUGCAUAGCUCAACAGCAGAACUACAACUGCCGCUGCAUGCCAGGAUUCACUGGAAAGAACUGUGAGGAAGUAAUUGACUACUGCGGCCUGCUCAGCAUCAACUGUCUGAAUGAAGGAUUGUGUCUUAAUAUAAUUGGAGGAUUCACUUGCCUCUGUGCACCUGGAUGGACAGGAGAAUUUUGCCAAUUUGCUGAAAAUGCAUGUUUAGUUUACCCAAAUAGUUGUUCUGAUGGAGCAACUUGCAUGGAUAUGAGCCAACGGAGAGAACAACCUUUGUUUCAGUGUUUGUGUCCUCAUGAUUUCACAGGAGAAUUCUGCGAGUUGCAAAUUGAUAAAUGUGGUUCCAAUUCAUGUGAAAAUGGAGGAACAUGUAUUGCCUAUGAAGAUCAUUUUCAGUGCACUUGCCCUGUAGGUUUUGAAGGUGAAAGAUGUGAACUCGAUAUUGAUGCCUGCCUUUUCAACAAUAUAAGUUGUGCCCCAGGAGCACUGUGUAUGGAUAAAUCUCAUGGAUUUAAUUACACAUGUUUAUCACCAUGUAUUGGAAACACAGAGGUAUGUGCAAACGGAGGUAGUUGCUUCUACGAUGAAGAAAACCAGAGACCUCACUGUGUCUGUGUUCUUGGAUGGACAGGAAAAACAUGCCUAGAGAAUAUUAAUGAGUGUGAGGUAAACCAGUGCCAACAUGGAGCCACAUGUGAAGAUGGAAUUAAUAAAUACAGGUGCAUAUGUCCCCUUGGCUACACUGGCACAUAUUGUGAACUUGAUAUAGACAAUUGCAUUGGAAAUCAGUGCUCUGAAUAUGGAUUCUGCCAGGACCACUUGCAUAAUUACAGCUGUAAUUGUGUGCCCGGAUAUGAAGGUCCCUUCUGUGAAGUUGAAAUUAAUGAAUGUUUAAGUUCACCUUGCAAAAACGGAGCUACUUGUAUGGAUUUAAGUGGCCACUUUUCUUGUCAUUGUACUGCUGGGUUCAAAGGAGAAACGUGUUCUGUUCAUGUGAAUGAAUGUCUAGACAGACCCUGUUGGAAUGGAGGAACCUGUGAAGAGGACAUAAGGGGCUUCAAAUGCAAUUGCCCAUUUGGUUUUUCAGGUCGAUACUGUGAAACAGAAAUGAACGAGUGUGAUUCUGCUCCCUGCUUGAAUGGUGCUGUCUGUCAGAAUGAUGUCAACAGCUAUGAUUGUUUUUGCCCGGAAGGAUUUGAAGGUCUGAACUGUGAAAUCAACUUUGAUGAGUGUGCUUUUGGCUUCUGUAAAAGCAAUUCAACUUGUUUAGAUCUAGUUGCAGACUACAUAUGUGCUUGUCCUCCAGGAUUCACUGACAAAAACUGUUCCACAGAUAUUGAUGAAUGUUCCCUCAAGCCCUGCAAAAAUGGAGGCCAUUGCCAUGAUUUGAUUGGUGAAUUUUACUGUAGCUGUUUGCCAGGUUUUACUGGUCAAUUCUGUGAAGCAGAUGUUGCUGCCUGCCUAUCACAGCCAUGUGGAGCCUCCAGCAUCUGUAAAGAGACAUUGGAUGGCUAUCUUUGUUUCUGUGCACCUGGCUUUAUAGGUCAUAACUGCGAGAUUGAAGUGGAUGAGUGUCUUAGUGGCCCUUGUCACAAUGGAGCUACUUGUGUUGAUCAUCUGAAUGCCUUCAGUUGCAUCUGUCAGGAUGGAUUUGAAGGUACAACUUGUGAAGCAAAUAUAAAUGAAUGCCACUCUUCUCCAUGUUUUCAUAAUGCAUCAUGUGCAGACCUUAUCGGUGGCUAUGAAUGCAUCUGUCUACCUGGCUUUACUGGUGCAAGAUGUGAAACAGAUAUAGAUGAGUGUGCUUCUUUUCCGUGCAAGAAUGGAGCCACCUGCAUUGACCAACCUGGUAAUUAUUUCUGCCAAUGUGUGGCUCCGUUUAAAGAAAUUUAUACAGGUUUGAACUGUGAGUUUAGGCCUUGUGAGGCCAGCAAUCCCUGUGAGAACGGAGCUGUGUGCAUAGAAGAAAUGAAUUUGGACGUUUUUCCCCUUGGAUUCCACUGCCAGUGUGUGAAGGGCUUUGCAGGUCCACGUUGUGAGAUCAAUGUCAAUGAGUGCAGUUCUAACCCUUGCCUCCACGGAUACUGCUAUGACAUUGUCAAUGGCUUUUAUUGUUUAUGCAACCCAGGAUAUGCAGGACUGAAAUGCGACCAAGACAUUGAUGACUGCAUAGUCAAUGCUUGUGAACACAAUUCUACAUGUGUUGAUCUACAUCUGAGAUACCAAUGUGAUUGCUUGCCCGGAUGGGAAGGAACAUUUUGUGAAAAGGAAUCGAAUGAAUGUAAUUCAGAGCCUUGUAAAAACAAUGGCACUUGCACGGAUCUUUUCAACAGCUAUCGAUGCACGUGUACAGCAGGGUGGACAGGACCAGACUGCAGUGAAGAUAUAAAUGAAUGUGAAUCUGAACCAUGCUUGAAUGGAGCCACCUGCUAUGAGUCUGUGAAGCCGGGGCAGUUUGUAUGCAUUUGUCCUCCAUUUUAUACUGGUGAUUUCUGCCACCAGCGCUUCAGUCCUUGUGAGCUGCCUUACAAUCCAUGUAUCAACAAUUCAACCUGUUUGGCACAAGUGGAUGGAAAUCCAAUGUGCAUUUGCAAAACAGGAUUUGAGGGUACUUACUGUGAAGUUAACAGUGAUGAGUGCAUCUCCCAUCCGUGCCAAAAUGAAGGUCUCUGUGUGGAUGGGAUCAACCACUACAGAUGCUCCUGCCAACAUGGCUAUACUGGGACCCUGUGUGAAGUGGAGAUCAAUGAAUGCUUAUCAAGACCCUGCAAAAACAAUGGAACUUGCCUGGAUCUUGUUAACAGAUUCAUCUGUAACUGUGCACCUGGAUACUAUGGGUCUCUGUGUGAGAUGGAUGUAAAUGAGUGUGAAACUUUGCCUUGUUUGCAUGGAGGAAGCUGCAUCAACAGGCUUGGAGGCUAUCUGUGUUUCUGUCUACCUGGAUUCACAGGUGAUAGAUGUGAAGUAAAUAUAGAUGAAUGUAUGUCUUCUCCUUGCCUCAACAAUGGAAGUUGCAUUGAUGGCAUCAGUUCCUAUAGGUGUCACUGUAAGAGAGGUUUCACUGGACAAAACUGUGAGACAAAUGUUAAUGAAUGCUUGCCAGAUCCUUGUCUUCAUGGAAGAUGUAUAGAUCUCAUUGAUGGGUAUCAAUGCUCUUGCGAAGCAGGAUGGACCAGCUCAAGAUGUGAGAUAAAUAUUAAUGAAUGCGAAUCUACUCCCUGCAUUAAUGGAGGUUCUUGUCAAGAUGCAGUCAAUGCCUUUGUUUGUACUUGCCUGAGUGGGUACACUGGCAGGUUUUGUGAAGUCGAUGUUGAUGUUUGCAAUGAGCCUACACUAAACUCAGUUCUGUGUUACAAUGGAGGUGUAUGUGUUGAUGGACCUGGAAGAGCUUUUCACUGCAGGUGUCUUGCUGGAUUUUCUGGACAGUUUUGUGAAAUAGAAGUUAAUGAGUGUAAUUCAUCACCUUGUCUACAUGGCUCAACCUGUGAAGAUCACAUCAAUGGAUACACUUGUAAAUGUACACAAGGAUGGGAAGGCCUCCAUUGUGAGUUGGAUGUUGAUGAGUGCAUAUCCAACCCCUGCAUACAUGGUAUCUGUGUUCAGAAAGAACCUAGCUUUGGUUAUUCCUGUUUUUGCAAGCCAGGAUUUGUGGGACGAAGCUGUGAGCUUAAUUAUAAUGAUUGUCUUAUACAGUCCUGCUCCACUGGGUUUAUUUGUGUUGAUGGAAUAAACAAUAUCACCUGUUUACCUACUAUGCCCCAAAGCAAGAAAACUGUCACUGAAGUGGCCAGAGUGUUUCCUUCUGAAAUUUUAGACAAUGACCUUCCAUCAGCCCUGGCUGUGUCCAUGGAACUUUGGUCUAAACAUGUUUCUCCUGAUUUUCAUACAGGAGAGGUGUCCCAAGAUUUUAGUAAUGCUCGCUAUUAUGGCAAUUCUUACCUGGAAUUUCAAGGCUUACAUUUGAACAUACAAAACUUCAUCCAUCUGCAGUUUAAGACCUGUAAUCCUCAUGGACUCCUCCUAAAUAUUGAACAGAGCCCAGAAGCAAUACAUUUUUUAAUUCGACUUUUCAUCAAUAAUGGUACCUUACAGUACCAGUUUCUAUGUGAUGCGGCAGCAGAAGUCAAAAACAUCACUACCACUGCUAGAGUGGAUGAUGGACACCAGUAUAAUGUGCAAAUUAG